AUGGAGGUGGAGAUCGGGAAGGAGAGCCUGAAGUUUGAAAAUGGAGCCUUCACCUGCUAUGGCGUCUCCGCACUGGCACCACUACCUGCAGGUGAGAGCAGCCAGGAGCACUGGAGCUCGCUCCCGGGGCAGCGCCGGACCCACUCGCCUGUUUUUUGGGGUGCAAAGGGAGAUAGAUACUCUUUGGCAGGUUCUGGCUCUCUGACCGCCAUCCACCGUGUACCCAUCCCCGGCAUCCAGAAUCGGCAGCUGGGCUGUGCCGACUACACCAGCUGCUCCUCGUACUGCCCCGACUACAGUGUGCGGGUGCUCACCGACCUGCAGCUGGCCAAGGUGAUGCAGCUGCGGUUAUCUCGGUGCCCUUGCGGCCGCCGGGCCCCUGAAUCCAGCCAAGUCACCCAAAAGCAUCGAGCCAAAAAUUAUCCCCAGCAGCCAGCCCGCGUUCCUGAGCCACCAGAACACCACACCAGCGAGCAGGUGAGGCUGGACCAUGGCAUGGCAGGGCAGAGCGGCUGUCAGGAUGCGCGAUUCGGGGUGCCCCCUGCGAGGCUCCCUCCUCCCCACACGCGACACCAAAGCAUCCCGGGGGGAAGCGGAGAGCCAGGGCCGAAGCCCUUCUGCCUCCCCGGCGCUCCCGGCUGCUCAUCAGGGUGGGAGCCGGUGGCCGCAGCGUGAGCCCUGCAGCGUUUCCUGGUUCAACAAACACUAUUUUCCCCAUUUUUAGUGGUUUUUUGAGGAAAUAAAAGCCACCGGAAGAGUG